AGAAACGCCGCGCACGGAGGCGGCCCCUCGCUCGCCCUUUUGGGGGCCGGCCGCGACUGCCCAGCGUCGACCUGAGUUCUUUGAUGGGCGGAGUUGGCGCUUCCAGCCCCCUACCCUGCCCUGCCCUGGGAAAGGGGGCCAACCUAGCGUCGCGCUCUUCGCCUCCUAACAGCGGACUCCAGCAGCAUGGACGCGGGCUUUGGCCCCAUUAGCUCCGCUCCCAACUUUCAAGAAGGUUCUUUCGGUUGCCCCAUUUGCCUAGAUGCUCUGAAGGACCCGGUCACCACUCCUUGCGGCCACAAUUUCUGCUUGGAGUGCCUCGGGGCGCACAGGCAUCACCCCGGGGGCGUAACAGGAGCCGGAGGACAAAGUGCCUCCCGCUGCCCCCUCUGCCAGGAACCCUACCCAGCCGACCUCCCGCUCCGUAAGAACCACACCCUGGCCGAAUUGUUGCAGCUCCGACAACCCGCACCGAGCAGUCCGGGCCUGGCUAUGGCACCCGAGGAAACGUCGGAGCCGGGCGCUCCAGGGAACGGCGAUGCCCACAUCAAGGAGGUGCUUUGCGAUUUCUGCACCGACGGGGAGAGGGCUGAAGCGGCCAAAUCGUGCUUGGUGUGCUUGGCGUCCUUCUGUGCCCCCCACUUGCAGCCUCAUCUGAAAAGUCCGGCUUUCCAAAGCCACCGGCUGGUUCCGCCCUUGCGGCAUAUCGAGGAGAGCCUCUGCAAAUUGCACCUCAAGCCUUUGGAGAGCUUUUGCCGGACCGACCGCAGCUGCAUCUGCCAGCUCUGCCUGGCCCAGGAGCAUCGAAACCACGAGGUGGUGGCCGUGGAGGUGGAGCGGGAACACGUGGAGGCCCAGAGGCCCAAAAUCCUGAACAAUAUUGAAAAUCAGCUGGAUGAACUGGGAGCCGCAAUAGCGCAGAUGAAGAGAAUGGUGGACCUCAUCAAAGCUACUGCUCAGAAGGAGAAGGAAAAGGUCAGCAGUCUCUUUACCGAGGCCACCAAGGUCCUGGCAACCUUCAAGAAGGAAGUGCUUGGUUUCAUUGAGGUUGAUGAAAGAGCCAUGCUGGGCGGAGCGGAAGAGGAACUGCGGCAUAAAGAAGAGCGACAUGCCCUGCUGAUGGAACACAAGCAGAACCUGGAGAAAGUCCCCAGCAUGGACACCAUCACUUUCCUGCAGGAAUUCCAGGCAUUAAAAAUAGCAGCUGAGGAAAAAAAACUUGCAUGUUCAAACUUCCCCAGAGAGUUGAGUUUUAUUAAAUCCAGUCAGGCCGUGUUUGCUGUGAAGGAGCUGCUGGGAAAUAUUUGCAAGAACCAAUGGGACCAACUGUCAGGGAAGGGUGAGAAUGGACCUUUUCUUCAUGGGAUACCAGAAGUGACACUUGAACCGCAGGUUUCAGAAAGGAGCAUCAACUCUGCCAGUUUGGAAUCACGAGAUUAUUUUCUAAAAUCUGCAUUCAUCAUUGACUUGGACAGUGAUACUGCUGACAAGUUCAUCCAACUCUUCGGGACCAAGGGGGCUAAGCGUGUGCUGAAUCCCAUUGCUUACCCUGAGACCUCAACCAGGUUCAUCAACUGUGAGCAAGUAUUGGGCGAGAAUCUUAUGAACCGUGGCAACUAUUACUGGGAAGUGGAGAUCAUAGAUGGUUGGGUGAGCAUUGGGAUCAUCACUGAAGAUUUCAAUCUCCAGGAAUCAUAUGACCGGGGCCGCCUAGGAAGGAAUGAAAAGUCCUGCUGUCUGCAAUGGAAUGGCCAGAAUUAUGUCGCGUGGUUUGGCGGAUUUGACUGUGUUAUACAGCAGCCAUUUUUUCAUACUAUUGGGGUGUACUUGGAGUAUUCAGAGAAGGUGCUGACAUUCUAUGGAGUCAAGGAUUCCAAGAUGACUUGUCUCCAGCAGUUCAAAGUGGCUCGCUUCAAAAAGGGGCAUUUUGACCCUUUCCAGAAUAAGAUUAACCACCAGUUUCCAGCACUGUUCAUGCACAACCUCAAGCCAGCCUUUUUUCUCGAAAGCGUAGAUGCUCACAUGCAGCUCGGGCCUUUGAAGAAAGACUGUGUUUCAGUACUUAAACGGCGAUAAUUUGGUCAAUGUAUGACCAAAGAUAACAAUUUUGACAAAUAGGAUGUUUGUGUCAUCUCUGCUGGAGCACUGCAUCAUCUUGUUGCUGCUCUUUUUACUUAUUUGAUAAGUAUCAACGUUUAAAGAAGCACUUUUCAGCAAAACAUUUUUCUUCUCUUGGACAUAAUUAAGCAUUAUUUACAAAGGGCUUGAUCUAAAGCAAAAGACAUCUCCAUUUCAUCUAUAUGAACCAAUGGUAUCUCCAGAGACUGUGCUCUGUUUCAUAAGUAAUACAUGGAUCAAUAAUCAAUGGUACCAUGGAAACCCAUCUUCAUAAUAGCGGGCAGAAAAAAAUACUACCACUGAUCAAAAAUGCUGAAGACCAUCACUUGUUUUUAAAUGCCCCUAGAUGAAGACUGCUCUUCCACAGCAUUUGAAAAAAACAACUGUGGAGAAAACAAUGGUGUCAGCUGUCAACAGAGAAAAUGACAUAUAUGAACAAAUAUAUUCAGCUUUGGGUUACAAUAGCAAGAAAAAUUAUGGGGCUGUGGGGAGCUUUAGUUGAUUCUUAGCUUUAAUCUAAAUUCUAGUCUAAAUAUUAGAAAUAUAACUUUGAAAUUAAAUGAAGCAUCUGUGGCUGUGUGUCAGACCCGCUAUGUAGACCAGUUCAGGAAAUGAUCUUCAAAGAAAGGAUACAAUUUUUACGGAGAUGGACUACAAUAAUUGAGUCUUGCAAGUCUGAUUGUAAUAUACCACCAUCUCUUUGAAGUUCAGUGAAUUAGGGUGCCAUCUGCCAAAUGCUAUCUCCUUGUUUUGGACUUUAAAAUGUUCCUAUCAUUUUUGUCUAGGUAAUGGUUCCUGCAUGUUUCCAUCACUGUCACAUUGCAUACCCUGUACACUGUGCUUUAAUGCUAUAUGUGCCCAUUUAUUAAUAAUUGGGUAAAAAGUGUAACGUAAACUGAGUUGCAGAUCUGAAUGUGAGGUACUGAACAGGUGAGUACCUGCACAAGAAGAGCAGAAUGUUUAAGCACUGAGUUGCAAGUUUCCCCUUUCCUUACAGCAUCUUAUAGGCACAGAAGUAUUAUAAUAAUGGAGAUUCAAUGGCUUUCUGGAGUCACUGGCUGGUUGAAUCUGAUGGAAAUUCAGGCUUAUUAGUCUGUGAAGGACCGCAGAUUCCUAUUUCUAUGACAUAGUCUGCUUUUCUUAGCUGCAUUUUGAGUACAGAUCCAUGGAAGUACAAUGGAAGAAAGAUCAUUGAAGAAUGGGGAUUGAACUUUCAUGUGCAACAAAGAUACAAAGUGUAUAAAAUACAUCCUUUCCAAAUAUACUAAAAGGACACUGUAAACAUAAAUAUACCAUAAUUUAGUCAUGCUGAUAGUAAUGGUGAGGAAAUUCUAGCUGCUAUUGUUAAAAAAAAAGAUUUCAAGUUAAACUAUGAGGAGACCAAGUUUUUCGUUAAGCUUAGGUUUUUUUAAAAUUGUUUUGUGACUUUUUAAGAUUGUUUUGUUUAGAACAGGAUUGACAGCUGAGUUCGAAUAAACCAUCCGUUGGAUUCCUUUCUUUCUAGAAGAUAAUAGGCUAUGAGCAUUCAUAAU